ACAAGACUUAUCCAUCAUUUUCAGUAUAUCCGCGCCUCGAGUCUCAAAUUCUGAAGAAACUGAGAAAUCGAAGGAGAUAUUCAUUCAUGAUGGACUUCUUCUUGAGGUUAAGUUUAACCUCGAAAGGAGUAAACAAUUGCAGGUACCACAGGAUGACAUACGCCGCGACGAAGAAGGGCCAAUCGAUAGCAAAAGAUCGUGCCAUGACGACAACCCGACGCUUUCCAUUCAAAGAUGCCAUGCUUGCGUCACAGUACACUGGGAGAUUACAGAGAGUUAAGAGUAACGAGAAGGGUAAGAGAAAGACGAGGGCAGUCUGCUUCUUUCAACCGUUUGGAGGAUCGUCGUCCAUCCGACGUCCAAGCGUGGUCGGGACACAUACUAGAAGGUCGCUCAGAUCGAAUCAAUCCUCCUUUUUCAAGGUAAUUCUCUGUUCGUCCUUUAGGAGCAUGCCUAGGGUUAUUCGAAAUCAUGUAUGUACGUGUUUGGUAUCCGAUAUCAAUCCGUGGGAAGGACCGCCUUGUCGGCGUGUUCCAGCAGUUAGUCCAUUUCGCGGAGUUAUUCGAUUCGGGAAGAGAGGGAAGUUGCACCCUCUAUUCACUGGCCCGUUCGAAGUGCUUGAGCGAGUGGGCGACGUUGCGUAUCGAUUGGCCUUAACUCUCGAGUUAUCUAGUGUUCAUAAUGUUUUUCAUGUAUCCAUGUUGCGUAAAUACGUGUGUGACCCCGAUCAUGUCAUUACUCAUACUGAUAUUCAGAUCCAUCUAGACUUAUCUUACGAGGAGCGACCGGUAGCUGUGUUGGACCGACAGGUUCGACGGCUCCGGAAGCAUGAUGUACCCCUCGUUCGUAUUCAGUGGGAUCGCCACGGAGCCACUUGGGAGCAAGAGGCUGAUAUCCGCUCUCGUUUUCCUGAUUUUCAUGGCCUCGGCAGUGCCCAAAUGAGCCGCACGGGUAGCCAGCGCCGCAGGUGUCGCUCUGUAGCGCCCGCGCAGUGCCAGUCACAUUCAGUCAGCACCCGCGUGCACGUUCUUACAUCCAAGUACCUGCCGCAGUGCACGUCAGCGCUCGGUGAUGUUCAGCGGCGCUUGGUGCCAACGCACAUAGCGUCUGGCAGCGCCGAGAUCCAUUCAUCCGCGUCCAGCAGGCCCUGCUGUGGCCGUGACUGCACCCAGUCCCGUCAGCAGCCGUGCCACAGCCGCAGCAAGGUCGUGGACCGAGUCAGCCGCCGACCGAUCGGCCACUGCAGGCCGGCG